AAUCUCAAACAACAUUACAAAAACCUUUUCCCGUUUCAAGAAUCAAAAACCACCAUAUUUUUCAAACUUCUUUCUCUCAGAUUACUUUUUUUUUCUUUUUCAAUUACAUUCAGUCUCUACAAUGGCAAAACCAGUGGAUGCUAACGGUAAACCUCCGUCAGUCAAGUGUAGUGAAUGUGACAAAUGGGUUUUCACGCUGAACGAAUUAAAUCAGCAUAAAGCUUCGGAUCACAAAACAGUUAAGCAAAUGACGUAAAAUCUUUAUUAGGGCUUCGAUAUUUUUAUGUUUUUAGUGUUUUCAUUCUUUUUUAAUUACCUUUUGCCAUUUCAAGAAUCAAAAACCACCAAAACCUUUCCCCUUUAAUUUUCUUUUUUCACCAAAUCUUCAAGAAAAUGAAUAUGAACGUAUAUCACGAGAAUCAGACAGUUGAGAUCAUUGAAGGACCACUUUUUGGGUCAUACAGGCCAGCCACGGUUCUCGCUAGAGAAGAAGGUCACCCGUACCGCCUCUUCUACAAAAUACAGUACCUCACUCGCUUUAACGAUGAUGACUCGCCGCUGACUGAGGUGGUUCAUGUUAGGGUUAUAAGGCCGAUUCCACCGGAAUUUGUAGGUUAUCGGAACUUUGAGUUGAAUGAUAUAGUUGAUGCUUAUAACUACGACAUUGGGGCUUGGCAGGCAGGGACAGUUAUCGGAAAUGUUGAGAAUCUUGAUCAUCACCUCGUGAGGCUGUUUGAUCAGACCGAACGGUUGGCUCCUUAUAUCAGGUUUCAUGCCGAGUGGUUUCCUCUUCCUUGCUAUGUGUUCUGGAGGCCAACCGAUGAAUAUACUCAUAAUCCAGUAACUGAUCCUCAACCCAGCGCCACUGAUUGAUAAUCUACCAAACCAGGGCCAUUGAUUGAUGAAGAACAUUUUAUGGUUGUUUGAAACAUUAAAUUUGCAGGUUCUGCUACUAUUUUGAUUAGUACACUUAACAUGAAAUUGUAUUGCUUUGCAAAAUAGUUAAUUAGGAAUUUGGCAUGUUAAAUUGUGAUUAAAUGCCUAAACCAAAAACAUUAUUCAUGUUUCUGCUAUAAUAUGUUGCUAAUACUA